AUGAUAUUUAGGUCCUUGACGGCGCCUGUGCUGCUGCUGACUACCGUGUCCCUUUUAUCAGCACCAUGGCAGAGCCUAGCGAAGAAGGACGCGCCCAGAAUCACCUCCACCACCUUUGACCACCCUCUUCGGAGCAUCUUCUAUUUUGACGACUCGGACAUUCUGUUGGGUCUCGAUGCCGAGGAUGAAAAGGUGUAUCGAUCUACCAAUGCUGGCGAAGACUGGAAGGUUGUGGAUGACGGUGGUGUAGAGCGAGCCUUCGAUAUAUCUCCCCAUCCGUACGACCGAGACCGAGCCUACAUCAUAGGAGUAGAGCAUGCCCAUUGGGUGACCACAGAUCGGGGCGAGUCAUGGCGCAAAUUCGAAGCCGAUGCUGUACCUUACAACUAUCGACAGACCCUAGCCUUCCAUGGUCGCGAUCCUAAGAAGCUCAUCUUUCAAGGUCACACCUGCGCUAAUUGGGAGUGUAGAGAUGUCGCAUAUUACACUGAUGAUGAUUUCGAACAUCUUCAUGUACUCAGAGAAGGCAGCUUGGGGUGUAGCUGGGCCGUCAGCACUCCUCUAUUCGGCAUUGGCAUUGAACCUGAAGUUGAAAAUAGGAUAUUUUGCGUUGCUCGUGGGCUCUUUUCUCCCUGGUCAAGCGAGAACCGGCUGUUGGUCUCGGAUGAUUAUUUCGAGUCUGAGGAAGAGGCUAUGCUUGGAGGCUCAAGAGCAAUUGGUGGUAUCAUCAAUAUGGCUCCUGUGAAGAAGUACUUGGUGGUCGCAGUUAGAGCCGAAGGGACGGACGAAUUAGCACUUUACGUCUCCGACGACAGCAGUCAAUGGCACCGGGCAGAAUUCGGCAAUCACAAAGUUCUGGAAGAAGCAUACACCGUGCUGGAGAGCACGAACUACAGCAUGCAAGUAGACGUGAUGGGCAUGGGUGAGACGGGGACCCUCUUCACAUCUAAUUCGAACGGCACUUAUUUCACCAAGAAUAUCGAGCACACAAAUCGAGGUCCCCGGGGGUACGUGGAUUUUGAAAAGAUCACUGGAAUCCAAGGUAUUGUUAUUGUAAACGUGGUAGACAAUUGGGAGGAUGUUGAAAAGAAAGGAGCGGAGAAGCAUAUCACAAGCAAGAUCAGCUUCGACGAUGGCCGCACCUUUCAGGAUUUAACGGUAGGGAGCAAGCGACUUCACCUUCACUCCGUGACAAACCCCUCCACCUCCGGCAGAGUUUUUUCUAGUCCCGCUCCUGGUAUGGUUAUGGGUGUUGGCAAUACUGGAAAGCGCCUCCAGGACUACAAGGAAGGCAACCUAUAUGUCUCGGACGAUGCCGGGUUGACAUGGAAGGAAGCUCUUGAGGGCGCCCAUAAAUACGAGUUUGGCGACCAAGGAGCUGUAAUUGUGGCAAUUGACGACCAGGACACAACGAAGGAAGUGAAAUAUUCGCUCAAUCACGGGAAAGACUGGGCCAAAGCAGAUCUCGGCGAAAAGAUUCGAGCAAAGCUAUUAACUACUGUUCCCGAUUCCACCAGUCUCAAAUUUCUUCUUGAAGCCACCAAGGAAGAUGACUGGUACCUUUUCGUGAUCGACUUCGAGGGCCUUCAUGAGCGCAAAUGCAAGGAAGACGACUUCGAGAAAUGGCCUGCACGGCUUGGUGAGGAUGGUGACCCCAGUUGCAUUAUGGGGCAUAAACAAUUCUAUCGGAGACGGAUGGCGGACGCUGACUGUUUCGUGGCUGAGGAAUUCAAGGACCCCUUGCCACAGACUGAGCCUUGCAAAUGUUCAAGAGAAGACUUUGAGUGUGAUUUUAAUUACAUUCGAAGUGAAGAUCAGACCGAGUGUGUGCCUGCUGUGCCUCUCAUACCUCCUGCUGGCGAAUGCAAGAAUUCUGAAGACACCUUCACCGCUAGCUCCGGAUUCAGGCUCAUUCCAGGAGAUGACUGCGAAAGGAAAGGCGGAGAAGAGCUUGACAAGGAGGUAAAAAGACCUUGCUCAGGUAGCAAGAAGGCCCCUGCGUCCGGGGAAAUCACUCACGAAACGACAACCUUUGGGUCAACCCAGUUUAGCGAAUGGCACUACCUCGAACGAACGCAGUCAAGUUCUGGUGACGAUGAAUCAGUCAUUAUGCGUACUGCUGAUGGCAAGGUUUUCCUGACCAAGGACCACGGAAAGACAUGGCUAGAAAUCCUCAAAGGAGAAAAAAUCACUUCUAUCGCUCCGCACCAAUACUUCAACGACGCAAUCUUCUUCCUCACAGAAGGUAAAAAGGUUUUUUAUUCACUCGAGCGAGGAGACAAUUUGCAAGAUCUUGAGGCUCCUGCGCCUCCACAUCCAGACCUACGGACACUGCACUUUCACCCGGAUUACAAAGACUCCUUACUCUGGACUGGACCAAAGGACUGUGGCACGAAGACAUGUGGCGCCACAUAUCAUACUGAAAACCGGCACGAAUGGAGCCUUCUCCUUCAAGCAGUUAAGAAGUGUGAAUUUAUCCAACGGGAAGGCCGAGCAUCUCAGGAAGACGAUAAAAAUCUGGUCUUCUGUGAGCAAUACAAGAACGAGAACCCCAGCAACUCUCUACAACUAGUGUCAAGCACAAGUUGGUUCAAGGAUAGGAAAGUGCACUUUGAUGACAUCCUCGACUUUGCAACCAUGUCAGAGUUCAUCAUUGUGGCAGCUAAGACCGAAGACCACAAGUUCUUGAAGGUCGACGCCAGUGUCGACGGCCGCGUCUUUGCACCAGCAGAAUUUCCACCCAAUUUCCAGGUCGAACAUGAGCAAGCUUACACGGUCCUCGAUAGUUCAACACACGCCGUCUUCCUACAUGUCACAGUCAACAACGAGAAGAACCAAGAGUACGGGUCAAUCAUCAAAUCCAACAGCAACGGCACCUCUUAUUCGCUCUCUUUGCGCCACGUCAAUCGUGACGAGGUGGGUUUUGUUGACUUUGAGAAGAUGCAAGGGAUUGAAGGAGUAGCAAUGGUGAAUGUUAUUGACAAUGUGAAGGAUGUAGAGUCUGGGAAGGACAAGAAAUUGAAGUCUAUGAUCACGCAUAAUGACGGCGCGGAGUGGACGCUCAUUCCGCCACCUGCGAAAGAUAUGGAUGGAAACAAGUUUGGCUGCGUGGAGAAGGCUGAUACUGCCAGCGAGAAGUGUUCGCUGCACAUUCACUCCUACACAGAACGCUACGACAAGCAUGCCACCUUCUCCUCCCCGUCAGCUAUUGGUCUUAUGCUCGCCGUAGGAAACGUGGGCGACCACCUCACUCCCAAAGAUAGUGAUGACACAUAUACCUUCAUCACACGCGAUGGUGGCAUCACGUGGAACGCGAUCAGAAAGGGCAGCUACUUAUGGGAAUAUGGCGAUCAGGGAAGCAUUAUCGUUAUUUGUGACCAAGCCAAAGCCACGAACGUGGUAUAUUAUACGCUUGAUGAGGGUAAGACAUGGGCGGAGUACCAAUUCUCCGAUACUGAGAUGGACACGUACCAGAUCAGCACAACCCCUUCUGACAACAGUCGAAACUUCCUUCUUUGGGGCAGAUUUGAGGGCAGCGACAAGGUUUCGACAGUGAACCUUGAUUUCACUGGUCUGAAAGAACGCCAAAGACAGUGUGUUCUGAAGGACUCGUCGCCGGAAGAAGAUGAUUACGAGCUGUGGGAACCUAAGCAUCCACUACAAGAAGGGAACUGUCUCUUUGGACACGUGGCGCAGUACCAUCGCAAGCGACUUGAUAGGGAAUGCUACAAUGGAUUCAAAACCGAAGGAUUGCACAACAUUGCCAAGAACUGCUCUUGUACAAGACAGGACUUUGAAUGUGAUUACAACUACGAGCGCCUAGGCGAUGGUACCUGUCAGCUAGUUCCUGGUCUCCAACCAGCCGAUCAUGCUCUUGUUUGCAAAGAAGACCCUAGACAAAUCGAAUAUUUUGAACCCACUGGCUAUCGUCGAAUACCGCUCACCACGUGCCAGGGUGGCAAUGAAUUUGAUAAGCUCAGAUCACGGCCAUGCCCUGGUCAUGAAGCUGACUAUGACGAAAAACAUGGCAUAAGCGGACUAGGCUUGUUCUUUGCCAUCCUUGUUCCUUUCGUGGCAGCUGGAGCCAUUGGCUAUUAUGCUUGGACGAAUUGGCGGCACAAGCUGAGUGGCUUUGGUCAGAUCAGACUUGGUGAGGGUGGCGCACCAUCCACCUUCACUGAUAGAGACAGCCCUCUGAUCACUGUCCCUAUUGCUAUCAUUGCUGGCACAUGGGCAGUGGCCAAAGCUACUCCACUACUCGUCAUGAGUUUGUGGCGGAGUGCGAAGGGAUAUCUGCCUGUUGGCAGUGGCAGUUCAGGUGGUUGGAUGGGACGAUCGCAUGCACCAUAUACGAGCCGAAGCGCCUUUUCAGCACGGAGGCAGGAUUACAGCCAUGUGGUGGCGGAUGAAGAUGAACUUCUUGGAGAUGAUCUGGACGAUGGAGAGGAGGCGUAA